AUGAUUUCAAAUAUUAAUUUCGAAAAUGCUGAAGUAACCAUAUUAAAAGUCAUACCACCCAUAGAUAAGUGUAUGGAACAAAUUAACCAAAGAGGUAGAGCCUUUGAAGUCAGUAGUUUAUCCAUGUUUCCAAAUUAA